AACAUUUCCUUCAUUAUUUCUUCUUCUUCUUCUUCUUCUUCUUCUUCGCAAAUCUUCAUCUUUUCUUGAAAGCCAUUUUCGUCUCUCUCUCUUUUUCUGCAACCAAACUGGUGGAUGGCAAAAAACAACAAGUAUGCUUCCAUUAACUUCAACCAUAUCUACGACAAAUCCAUAACAACAACAAACACAAACAACAACACCACCAACAACAAAGCAUCAAAAAACCCUUCUAUUUCUUCAUCUUCUUCUUCAUUCUCUUCCGCUUCUUAUUCUGCAGUUUCCGCUCCUAACAAACAUGGUCGUAUUCUUGUUCUGACCCGACCCACACCCAAACCCAUUUCACAACCCAAACCCAACCCCGACCCCCCGAUUCAACAGGUUCCAGAUCGACCCCGGUCUGAACCGGGAUCAGAUUCGAUCUCGCUUCGUCCUUUAGGAAAAACCGGUACUGGGUCGGCUCUUUUACCUUCGCCUGUUGUGAACGGUGAGAAACAGAAGGAAUUGGGUUCUCCGAAAACGGAUAAGUUUGUUCCACCGCAUCUUCGACCGGGUUUUGUGCCUAGAGAGGAACGGGUUGGACCGGAACUUGGGAGGUUUAGGGAAAACUUGCGACCCAAGUCUGGUGGUGGUGGUGGGCAUGAGAGGAAUAGGAGGGUUGGUGGGUCUGAUUCGGGUUUUGGGAAUCGACCCAAUUCGAGUGGAUGAAUUUUGAUGAAUAGCUGAAUUCUUUUCAGAAGAUGAAGAUAAAAGCAUUGUCAUAGAGACGCGUAAAUUUUCACAAGAUGGCUGGCAUCUCAAAUAACUGAAGAUGAAACAUGAUUUGAUUGACGACAGUUUCUCAACACCUAACGUCGCAAUUAGUAACGAAAUUUGUAAUGAUUCACUAGAUGAUUUGGUUCUAGUUUACCACUGAUUAACAAUAGUUAGAAUCUAAGUACAUAUAUUCAAUUCCCUGCUAAGCUUUUACCACUGUUUUUUUGCAUGCCUUCAUACUUAGAUGAGCAUGUGUUUGUUUUAGAAGCAAUUCAAAAUCGUUUAGUUGUUUGUUGUA